GUUUGGUCUAUCUCACUUCCAGAUAAGGACACAGAUGUAUAAAGCCCACUAAGUGGACACUCCUCUGUCAUCUUCAAAAGAGCUCCCAGUGAUGGGGAUAAUGGGGAACCAACCUGGGCCUUCUGGUCUUAUAUACCCUUUAAUAAGGGGCCAGGGCACACCUGUCACUGGAAGUGGCCCACAUGCAUUACCAGCUCCUGGGGAAGUGUUCCAAUCCAAACACCUCUUUACAGGCCACUUCCCUACACCUUCUCCAUCAUCUGGUGAAUGCCUGAACCUCACGGCCUGUCCUAGUAAUUCAACGUGCAUAGAUACAGGAGGUGAUUACUACUGUUCCUGUGACCCUGGAUUUGCACUGGCCUCUGGACACCGCAUCUUCACCGACCCAAAUGAGAAAUGUGAAGAUGAAGAUGAGUGUGUAGAUUCCACAGUGUGCCCACCAUAUUCAAAAUGUAUCAACACCCCAGGAAACUACACAUGUACCUGCAAACAGGGUUUUGUAAUGAGGACUAAGAAAAGCCAGGUUAAAGGUCUCCACAGAAUUGAGUGCCAAGAUGUGGAUGAAUGUUCCCAGAGUCCCAAUCCUUGUGGUCUCAAUACCAACUGCACCAACACCAUUGGAAGAUAUGUUUGCAGCUGUUUAUCUGGAUUCUCUUCUCCCCGUGGAAAUUUUUGGAUUCCUGGUAGGACAGGACCCUUCCAAUGUGCAGAUAUCAAUGAGUGUCUCAGUGAAACAGCCUGCCCUCAGCAUUACACCUGUCGGAACACCCCAGGGAGUUAUGACUGUACCUGCAGUACUGGCUUCACCUCUAGGAACUCUCAAUGUGAAGAUGUAGAUGAAUGUAUGGAUGCCACAGCUUGCCCAAUACAUGCCACUUGUAUCAACAUACCAGGAAACUAUUUCUGCACCUGCAAAUAUGGAUAUAAGUCAAGCACUUCAGAAGUGAGAUUCCGAGGCCAAGGAACACAGUGCAAAAAGAAUCCUGUCAGGUGCAAAUCAGACUUGGUGGACCAGGACCAGGUGCGGCGUUGCCAGAGCAAUUCAACUGUGCUCCCGGAACAGGCUUCCUUCUGUAUGCUAAUGGACUCCAUCUUCAGUGUUCUGGAAGACAAGUGUGAGAAUAAGACCACUACUGUGUCUUUAGAGAAAGCUGCUGAGAACUUGGCAUCUGUCCUUGAAGAGACAUCCACAUGGCACAACUUGAGUAAGGAGAAGACUUCAACCCUGGCAACAGCUUUUCUGCACAGUGUGGAGAGUGCCACAUUGGCAGCUUUUGUCAAUUUCUCUGGGAACACGAGUGAGACAGUGACAAAUGAAUAUCUAGAGAUCGAGAGCAAAGUCAUCCAAGAUGAUUGCCUGGGGGAAAACUUAGUCUUCACCUUCUCGGCCAAAGGUGAUUCCAUGAAGAUUGAAUGCAACACCAUAAAUGAAUCUGUAUCAUUGGGCACGUUAUCAGGUAUCACAGGAGUAGCUUUUGCCUCUUUCCUGGGCAUGGAGUCCAUUCUGGAUGAAAACUUCUUCUACAACCCAGAGGUCAGGUCUCCCCAGAAAUUUUGGAUGAAUUCUCGAGUUGUAGGUGGCAUCAUCACCGGUGACAAGAAAGACAAUUUCUCCAAUCCUGUCAUCUUCUCCUUGGAGAAUCUCGAGCUAAAGAAGAAGUCAGACACAUGCAUCUGCGUCUCCUGGGAUCCAGACAUCGAGGGUGGGCGGUGGACACCCACAGGCUGUAUGACACUAAACUCCAAUGAGACACAUACCAAGUGCAGCUGCAAUCAUCUGGCCAACAUGGCUGUUAUCAUGGCGCCUGGGGAGAUCACGAUGGAUUUUGCCUUGUUUUUGAUAAGCCACGUGGGGAUGAUUCUUUCACUGCUGUGUCUUGCCUUGGCCAUUGCCACUUUCCUGCUGUGCCGCUCCAUCCAGAAUCACAACACCACCCUCCACCUGCACCUGUGUGUCUGCCUCUUCCUGGCUAAGCUUCUUUUCCUCGUAGGAGUGGACAAGACAGAGAACAAGAUAGUGUGUGCAAUCAUUGCUGGCCUGUUGCACUACCUCUUCCUGGCCAGCUUUGCCUGGAUGCUGGUGGAGGCUGUGAUGCUCUUCUUAAUGGUCAGGAACCUCAAAGUUGUGAACUACUUUAGUUCCCGAAAUAUCAAGAUGCUCUAUCUCUGUGCCUUUGGCUAUGGUGUUCCAGUGCUGAUUGUAGCAGCGGCAGCAGGAAGCCAGUGGGAAGGCUAUGGGAUGCAAACCCGCUGCUGGCUGAAUACAGAAACUGGGUUCAUCUGGAGUUUCCUGGGACCUAUUUGCACAAUAAUAAUGAUUAAUUUAUUCCUCCUGACAUGGACCCUUUGGAUCUUGAGAAAGAAGUUGUCCAGUGUCAACACAGAAGUAUCAACCCUCAAAGACAACAGGUUAUUAACAUUUAAAGCCCUUGCUCAACUCUUCAUCCUGGGAUGCUCCUGGAUUCUGGGAAUUUUUCAGAUCGGUCCCAUAGCAAGCACCAUGGCUUACUUAUUUACCAUCAUCAAUAGCCUGCAAGGAACCUUCAUUUUCAAUCACUGUGUGCUCAAUCGCCAGGUGCGAGAAGAGUAUAAAAGAUGUUUCACGAGGAAGGCCAAAUCCAGCACUGUUUCUCAGACCUCAGGAGUCUUGUUAUUUUCCAUACCAUCCACUUCCAAAUAGGGCUGAAAUCUAUUUUAGCUUCUGAAGACUCUAUAGAAUAACAAGGAAAGUGUCAGCAAAGACAAAUUCACUGGGAUCCUUUUGUAAACUAUCCAAAGCUUAACGUGGUAAUGCAGCAGGAUAGUCACCUGACACAGUUGUCAGGUACAUAGAAGACAUCUGAAUCACCUGUUUCCCAUCGUGAUUCCCUUUGCCAACUUUGAUGUAAUGACUCCUGCUCCAGAAAUCCAAGGCUACGGGGAUAGGUAGUCCUUCUCCCACGGGGGAGCAAAAGCCACAUUUCCUGAGUUUGGUUAAUUUUGUUAAUAAAUAUUAUUUCUAUUUUUUAAUUAA